AUGACAUCGCCAAAGCCAUUCCCCGAGUUAUCGCAGGAGCAAGAACAGGCUCUAGUAACCAAUUUGCAGCAAUGGAGUUUGGCUAAUGGGUUGGUGAUGUAUCCACCUAACUUCCAGCCGUAUCAAGUCAACGUGGCUCCCAUCACGUUGUUCCCCACCCCGAUCCCGCGGUCGAGCUUCAAUGACGCGGUGGAGGUGCAGCAGAUAUUCAAUCAAUUGUACGUGCUGCUAAUUAGCAAAGAAAAACUGUGGCUAGUCGGGAUCCUUGGGGACUUGGCCAAGUUUGAUCCUGAUUUCACGGGGAAAUUGUUUGCGAUAUACCAGGAUUCACUUGUAGAGGGCAAGGCGAUGCAGCCUUUAUCGUUGGGGUUGUUCAGGUCCGACUAUAUGGUGGACUCAAAGUUGAACCAAAUCAAGCAGAUUGAGUUCAACACUGUAAGUGUUUCGUUUGGUGGCUUAUCUACCAAGAUUGGGGAGUUGCAGAACCAUUUGAACGGCAACGGGCUCUACGAUGACAAAUAUAGCUUCAAGUACUAUGAAGAUGAAGAACUUCCCAUUUCACAAUCUGCCCAGGAGUUGGCUCAGGGCUUGGCCGAUGGUGACUAUUAUUACAAUGGAGAGCUGCCCCAUGAUAAUAGUGGUGGUGUCAAGAGUACUAUUGUUUUGGUUGUGGUCCAGCCGAAUGAAAGAAACUCGUUUGACCAGAGAUUGGUGGAGUAUGCGCUUUUCAAGAACCACGGCGUGCGAUCAUAUCGAGUCACCUUGGAAGACGUUGCGGACCAAAUCACCGAAAACGGCGGCAAGCUUUACGUCCGGUCCACCAUGGAUGAAAUCUCGGUUGUAUACUACAGAUCUGGCUACGGGCCCGGCGACUAUGAGCUCAACCCGGACAAGAGCUGGCACGCCAGGCUCUUUUUGGAGAAAUCAAAGGCUAUCAAGUGCCCCUCUGUCUUGACACAGUUGUCCGGGUCCAAGAAAUUGCAGCAAUUGUUGACCAAAGAGAGCAUUGUCACCAAGAUUCUACCAGAUCUCGAUCCGAAAAGCUUACAGUUGUUGUUGUCGACAUUUGUCGAGAUCUUGCCAUUCGACGACUCGGAGGACGGGCAAUUGGCCGAACAAUUGGCCUUCAAGAAACCAGAGAGCUACGUUUUGAAGCCGCAGCGCGAAGGUGGGGGCAACAACAUAUACAAGGCUGAUAUUCCUGGGUUUUUGAGCGAGUUGAAGAAGGAAGAAUGGGGCGCGUACAUCUUGAUGCAAUUGAUCAACCCUCAGACACACAGGAACAAGAUUAUCAGAAACAAUGAAGUAUUCCACGAGGAAAUCGUUUCCGAGUUGGGGGUUUUCGGAACAACGGUGUUCAACGAAGAUACUGGAGAUAUAAAAACGAAUAAAAACGCCGGCUGGCUCUUGAGGUCCAAAUUUGAAACUAGCAAUGAAGGUGGAGUUGCAGCGGGGUUUGGAUGCGUCGACAAUAUUUAUUUAUAUUAG